AUGGGCUCCUCUCUCCUGGGCUCCUCUCUGGGCUCCUCUCUGGGCUCCUCUCUCUCCUCCUCCCUCUCCUCCUCUCUGGGUCUGAAGGUGUUUAAGCCUCAGCCGCCGCUGUCCCUGGCGGACCUCAUCACGUCGGACAUCCUGCACAGCUUCCUGUACGGCCGCUGGAGGCACGUGCUGGGCGAGCAGCAGCACGAGCAGCACCACCUGCACCACCACCUGCAGCACGAGCAGCUUCACCUGCAGCACGAGGACCGCACGGCCCCGAGCGCGAGCCCCAAGACCGCCUUCACCGCGGAGGUGCUCGCGCAGUCCUUCUCCGGAGAAGUCCAGAAGUUGUCAAGUCUGGUUUUACCCAGUGAAGUGAUCAUCGCCCAGAGUUCAGUCCCAGGAGAAGGUUUGGGUAUUUUCUCUAAAACGUGGAUCAAAGCCGGAGCAGAGAUGGGCCCGUUCACCGGACGCCUCAUCUCACCUGAACACAUCGACCUGUACAAGAACAACAACCUCAUGUGGGAGGUGUUCAACGAGGACGGGAGCGUCCGGUACUUCAUCGAUGCCAGUCAGGAGGACCAGAGGAGCUGGAUGACCUACAUCAAGUGUGCCCGGAACGAGCAGGAGCAGAACCUGGAGGUGGUCCAGAUCGGCAGCAGCAUCUUCUACAAGGCCGUGGAGACCAUCCCUCCAGACCAGGAGCUGCUCGUCUGGUACGGAAACUCUCACAACACUUUCCUGGGAAUCCCUGGAAUCCCCGGAGGAGACGAGGAGCAGAGCAAGAAGACCAAGACGGAUGAGUUCCAGACCUGUGAGGGCUCCUCUUCCUCCUGCUCCUCCUCGUCCUCGUCCUCCUCCUCCUCCUCUUCCUCCUCCUCCAGUCUGGGCCGCAUGCGUUGCGUCAUCUGUCACCGGGGGUUCAACUCCCGCAGUAACCUCCGUUCACACAUGCGCAUUCACACUCUGGACAAGCCGUUCGUGUGCCGCUUCUGUAACCGGCGCUUCAGCCAGUCGUCCACGCUGCGGAACCACGUGCGCCUGCACACCGGCGAGCGGCCCUACAAGUGCCACGUGUGCCAGUCCGCGUACUCGCAGCUGGCCGGCCUGCGCGCGCACCAGAAGAGCGCGCGGCACCGGCCCUCCGUUGAAGCGCAGCUGGCCGCGGGGGCGAGCGUGGUGGUGCACGUGGCUCACUCCCCUCCUCCUCACCCACCUCACCCACCACAGCUCACCUCCAUGCCUCACCCAGCAUCACUGGUCCACCACAUCCCCACCAUGGUGCUGUGA